AGGAUCUGAAGGACUUCCCAUGGGCGUGAGGGAAAUCGCACACACCAUCCGGGGAAGAGGACCAGGAAAUUACUUCUUGUUUUUCAAACAGCAGUGAGGUCUCAGGGAUGGCUCUGUGAGGCUCGGAGGGCAGAGGCUGGGGUGGCACCAGUAAGGGGUGAGACUGAACUCAGUGUGGAGCUGCCAGCUCUGCCUGCGAUCUCAAGAUGAGUGCUGCGUGGCUCUCCCUUCACUGGGUGUGAGAGCUCCGAGGAGGCCACUGGCCUCGCAGUGGAAACCUGGAUGCUUUAGGCGUCUGAACAAGGCAGCAGCCCGCCUGGGGACAACGCUGCUGGACAGGCAAAGCAACUCAAGCUUGAAGACAUGAAAUCCCCAAGGAGAACCACGUUGUGCUUUAUGCUUCUUGUGAUUUAUUCUUCCCAAGUUACCCUGAACUUGAAUUUAGAGUCUAUUGUUCAUCCUUUGAUUCUCCCUGAACUGGAGCCAGCAGAGCAGGAGGUACUAAGGCAUAAACGAGAGGUUGCCACAGGUAGUCCUGCAGCUAAAGAGUAUACUGUUGAUAUUGAGAUCAGUUUUGAAAAUGCCUCGUUCCUGGAGCCUAUCAAAGCUUACUUGAACAGUCUCAGCUUUCCAAUUCAAGGGAAUGACACUGACCUAACCACCAAUAUUUUGAGCAUAGCAGUGACAACAGUCUGCAGACCUGCUGGAAAUGAAAUCUGGUGCUCCUGUGAGAAAGGCUAUCAGUGGCCUCAGGAAAGAUGCCUCCACAAUCUCACUUGUCAAGAGCAUGACAGCUCUUCAGGACAGCCUUGCAAUUGCCUUAAAGGACUGCCUCCCACGGGACCUUCUUGUCAGCUCCGGGGAGCAGCUGUUACCCUGAGAAUGUCAGUCAGACUCAAUGUGGGCUUUCAAGAAGACCUCAGGAACUCCUCCUCUGCCCUGUAUAGGUCCUACAAGACUGACUUGGAAACAGCAUUCCAGAAAGGUUACCGUAUUUUACCAGGCUUCAAGUUGGUGAGGGUGACAGGAUUCAGGCCCGGGAGUGUGGUUGUGAAAUAUGAAGUUACAACUACAACACCAUCACCUGAAUUAAUGCAUAAAGCCAAUGAGCAAGUGAUGCAGAACCUCAAUCAGACCUACAAAAUGGACUACAACUCCUUUCAAGCUGCCAGUAGCAAUGAAACAAAGUUCUCUAUUGAACCAGAAAUCAUCUUUGUCGGGGAUACAGUAACUCUUAUGUGUGAAACUGAAGUUGCGUCCUCCAAUGUGUCUUGGCACCAUGUCCAGGGGCAUUCAGACAUCCAGAACAGCAGCCGGUUCUACAUUUACACCUAUGUGCUCAACAACAUGACCUCAGUGUCACAUCUCACUAUUUACAACAUCACUCAGGGUGAUGCAGGUGAAUAUAUUUGCAAACUGACAGUAGAUAUUUUUGACUAUGAGGCCAAAAGAAAUAUAGUUGUUACACCCAUCCAAAUUUUGGCAAUUCAAGAAAUGAAGGUGACAUGCGACAACAGUCCUGCAUCUUUGAACUGUUGCAGUGAGAUUAAUGUUAACUGGAGUAGAAUUGAAUGGAAUCAGGAGGGGAAAAUAAGCAUUCAAGGAAUCGCUGAGACGGACACAGAUUCAGGCUGCAGCAGAUACACUCUCCAACCUGAUGGAACUCAGUGUCCCAGUGGCUCCUCUGGAACAACAGUGAUCUACACGUGUGAGUUCAUCAGCACGCAUGGAGCCAGAGGCAGUCAGAGCAUAGAAGUCACAUUCACAUCUGUGGGAGAUAAUUCCAGCCACAAGGGGGAAGUGCACGAGUACCUAAGGCAUGUGAUGGAAAUGAGUUCAGUUCAGAGCAUUCAGAGCACCACCGCGAACAGCCUAGAAACAAGUAAAGCCCAGGAGCAGCAAGCCAACCUUACAAUAACCCCGGACUCAAUUUCUGUUUCUGAGGGACAAAACUUUUCUCUAAAGUGCAUCAGUGAUGUGAGUAACUAUGAUGAGGUGUACUGGAACACUUCUGCUGGAAUUAAAAUAUAUGAAAAGUUUUAUACCUCAAGGAACUAUCCUGAUGGAGCAGAGUCCGUGCUGGCAGUCGAGACCUCCACCAGAGAGUGGAAUGGGACCUACCACUGCAUAUUUAGAUAUAAGAACUCAUACAGUAUCACCACCAAAGACGUCACCGUCCAUCCGCUGCCUCUGGAAUCCAACAUCAUGGUAGACCCUUUGGAAGAUGCAGUCCCCUGUAAAGGUUCCCGUCAGUUAAAGUGCUGCAUAGAAGAGGAUGAAGACUACAAAGUAACUUUCCAAAUGGAUUCCUUGUCCUUUCCUGCUGCAAAAGAAGUUAAUGGAAAGCAAGUGUGCUACAAAUACAACUUCUCGGCAAGAUUGGUUUCUUGGUGUCCAAAAAAUGUUGAUGCGGUCUGUCUCUUUACCAAUGCCGCUAAUGGUUCAGUCCGGAGCCCCUCAAUGAAGCUUCAUCUGGUUCCUGGGGGAAACAUCACAUGCCAAGAUCCCAUAAUAGGCAUCGGGGAGCCUGGGAAAGUUGUUCAGAAGCUGUGCCAGUUCUCCAAAUUUCCCCGAGGCCCCGGUGGGCUGGUCGGUGGAACAGUAACCUACAAAUGCAUAGGCUCCCAGUGGAAGAUGAAGAGCAACAACUGUGUCUCAGUCCCAAUAAAUAACCUGCUCAAGCAGGCCAAGGCUUUGGUUAAGAGCCCCUCUCAGGAUGAACAGCUCCCUACAUACCUAAAGGAGCUUUCCACUAGCACAAGCAAGAUGGAAGAUGAAGUCAGUUCUUCGCCUGGGAGCUUGGGAGCUCUUAUCGACAUCCUUGAUUUGCUCUCAACUGUUCCAACCCAAGUGACAACAGAAAUGAUGACGGAUGUUCUGUCCACGGUUAACGUCAUACUCAACAAGCCCAUGUUAAGUACCUGGAAGGAGUUACAACAGCAACAGAACAACCAGAGCUCACUGUUACUGGAUUCAGUGGAAAGAUUUUCCAGAGCACUAUGGACAGAGGACAGCACCAUCCUGUCCAUCUCUCAAACCAAUGUGCAGAUGAGAGGCAUGGUGAUAAAAUCUGGCCCCAAAAUCUACACACAGAGAUUUGUUUUCUCAGACUCUGACCUCUGGGGCAACGUGGCAAUUGAUGAGUGCCAGCUGGGAAAUCUGCAGCCAGAUUCAUCUAUUGUCACUGUGGCUUUCCCAACUCUCAAAACCAUCCUUGGCCGGGAUGCUCAAGGACAGAGUUUUGCAAACAGCUUAGUGAUGACAACCACUGUCAGCCACAAUAUAACCAUGCCAUUCAGGAUUUCAAUGACUUUUAAAAUCAACAACCCUUCAGGCGGGGCACCACAGUGUGUCUUCUGGAACUUUCACCUUGCCAAUUAUACAGGGGGCUGGGACAGCAGUGGCUGCUAUGUUAACGAAGUCCAUGGGGAUAGCAUCUCCUGCAGCUGUGACCACUUAACAUCAUUCUCCAUCCUCAUGUCCCCUGACUCCCCAGACCCCGAUUCGCUCCUGAAAAUACUGCUGGAUAUCAUUUCCUACAUUGGGUUGUGCUUUUCCAUCCUGAGUUUAGCAGCCUGUCUCAUUGUGGAAGCUGUGGUGUGGAAAUCAGUGACCAAGAACCGGACUUCCUACAUGCGCCACAUCUGCAUAGUGAACAUUGCUGCUUCCCUGCUGGUGGCUGACACCUGGUUCAUAGUGGCUGCUGCCAUCCAUGACAACCACUACCCACUCAAUGAGACAGCCUGCGUGGCCGCCACCUUCUUCAUCCAUUUUUUCUACCUCAGUGUCUUCUUCUGGAUGCUGACUCUGGGCCUCAUGCUCUUCUACCGCCUGGUUUUCAUCUUACAUGACACCAGCAAGUCCAUUCAGAAGGCAAUUGCAUUUUCUCUUGGCUAUGGCUGCCCUCUCGUCAUCUCAGUCAUCACCGUGGGAGCCACACAGCCACAGGAAGUCUACACGAGGAAGAAUGCCUGUUGGCUCAACUGGGAGGAUACGAAGGCCCUGCUGGCUUUCGUCAUCCCGGCACUGAUCAUUGUGGUGGUGAACAUGACCAUCACUGUCGUGGUCAUCAUGAAGAUCCUGAGACCUUCCGUUGGGGACAAGCCAAGCAAGCAGGAGAAAAGCAGUCUCUUCCAGAUCAGCAAGAGCAUUGGGGUCCUCACACCACUCUUGGGGCUCACCUGGGGUUUUGGUCUUGCCACUGUGUUCCAGGGGAGCAAUGCUGUGUUCCAUAUUGUAUUUACUCUCCUCAAUGCCUUCCAGGGAUUAUUCAUUUUACUCUUUGGAUGCCUCUGGGAUCAGAAGGUGCAAGAAGCUUUGCUGAAUAAGUUUUCACGGUCAAGAUGGUCUUCACAGCACUCAAAGUCAACAUCCCUAGGUUCAUCUACACCUGUAUUUUCUAUGAGUUCCCCAAUAUCAAGAAGAUUUAACAAUUUGUUUGGUAAAACAGGAACAUACAAUGUUUCCACCCCUGAAACCACCAGCUCAUCCCUGGAAAACACAUCCAGUGCUUACUCCUUGCUCAACUAAGAACAGGAAGGCCCAACCCACGUGACUUCUUGGGAACGAUGGAUGUUCUGAAAAAGAGAUCCUUUCAAAGCCAUGGGCAAAAUGUUUUCUCUGCAGGCUCCUGGGAGCAGAUGCUGAAAAGACUUUUCGUGAGGGAAGAGGCUUCCUUUUGUAAAGACAGACUAAGAGUAAUUGUUUCUUUUAUUUUGCUGUCCCACCUCCAUCCUUGUGUGACAGCAAAUGUGUAUAGUAUUUAAAUGACGCUCAUGUACUCCAAGGCCCAACUUCUCUGUCUAUAUUGUAAAAUACAAUUUCAAAGUGACACUUUCAUUUUUCACAUGUUGGGCACAAAGAUAAGCUUUGAUUAAAAUAAUAAAUAAAAGGCUAGAACCUAGAAAUGCUUCAGUAAAGUCUAGAAAGCCUAAACGGAUAGAGGGAGGGAAGGAAGGAAAAAAUGAAGAGAGGGAUGGGGGAAGGAAGAAAACAUGAAGAAAAAGGAAAAAGUAGAGAUCAACAGCUUUAAGGGCCCCAUUUUAGGGUUUCCAUGUUAAUGAUCUAAUCUAAUUGCAGAGACCCUGCAAUACUGAGGAUUAAAAAGUGGCUCAAGAAUGAAACCUGAAAGUGAGCUUCAGGGAAAGAUUUGUGUCAUCCUGGUCUUCACUACGUGAGAAGUGGGGGAAAGCAACAGGGGAAAUAGAAAGGAAGUUACAUCCUCAGGAUGCUUUCAAGUGGGUAACAAUAUGUACGACAGACGCCGGGCAGAGACACGGCUCUCCUGAGACAGGACACACGCAUUUACCUUGGUAUGCUGAGGUCUGAGCUAAGUGAGUGAGCGUGCAAAGGAAGUGUGAUAACUCUAUCCUGUCCACUACAUCAAGCAGCUGGAUUCAUUUUUAUCAUUGAUCAGAAAAGAUUCACAUUUCAGUUUGCUCCACAAUUUGAAAGCAAAAAGUAUCUAUUUUUAUAUCCAUGAAUUGCCAAAUUGAUAUUUUGCACUGAAAACAGACUCCAACUGUCUUAUAUUGUUAUUUAACAACUUUAACCAGGUACUUCUCUGUGCAUUAUAGAAUAGAUUUUAAUAAUCUCAUAGCAUUGUAUAUUAUCAUUGUUGUUAGUGUAGGCAUGGAGGACUUGGUGUGUUGUGUGGCUCUCUUUGUGUUAGUUCUUUCAGUCCUCAAUUCCCCAGACCGACAUGCAUUAAGAAUUUUGUGUGAUCGAAUCGGUGUUUAUUCCAACCAUUUGGGAAUCUUCCAGAAAAACGUUUUACAGCUGGCUAGUCUAUGCACCGAAUGAUAUUACCUUGAUGAACGGAGGGUGCAGCUUUUUCCCCAAGGAUUUGAAUUGGUUGUGAAUUGUGUGUGUGUGUGUGUGUGUGUACAUUUCAUGAAAAUACAAAUAUUUAUUAAAAUUGCAUCCAUAUUAAAGCUAAUCAUGUGCUGUAGCUGCAGCAAUCACAGAUUCCAAAUCAAUGUCUGAUCCCAAGGAGAAAAUAAGACAGAAUAAAAAUAUAGGGUUACUCUGGAAAUGCGGGCUCUAUGGUCUCUUUAAGGGGUGAGAACACAAAUGGGGCCCAGUCACCAGGAAGACUGGACAAGAGCGGCUGAAACUCAACCACUUAUUAAGAUUCAAAAGUGUCCUUCUAAUAUAUUAACUUUCUAAAAUCCCUUCCUUUUAUUUGUAAUUUUGAGCUGUCCUUCUGCCUCUCUUUUCUUCACGGGGAAGGGGAGGUGAGGCAGAUGGAAGCCCUAAUGAUGUUUCAAGUAAAUGAACUUUAUUUCUUCCUAUUCUCAAAUGAUGGAGAGAGCCUAUGUUUGCCUGAAAACACACAUUGUUAUCCCAAAUGGAUAGCUCAUAAAGUUCCUAAAAGAAAUCAUUGCUAGGUUAUAAAAUCCUCUAGGUCUGAAGGACUUUGGGUGGAGUUCAGUACUGAGAAGACAGAGCCAGAGACUAGGUUGGAGGAUUUGUUGAAUCAGGAGUAGAUAUGGGAAGGCGGUGGGGGAGAGAAAAAUUAAGUGUCAGAGAAAAAAAAUGGCUUUGACUGAUUUGGUUCCUGUAGUUAAAUCAGGGUAUUGUGGCAGAAUUUUAACUUGGUCCUCUUGACACCAUCUGCCAAGGAAAGCAAGGCACUCAGGAGAAGGUGUGGUUCUCAUAUUCACAAUUACAAUGGGACAAGAAACCACGAACUUCCACCCACUUCCCUAGGGAUCCCUUAGGAGUCAUUGUGUUGGUUGCUAUAAUGCAGGAAGCUUCACCAGAGGGCCACAGGAGGUGGAUCUGUCCCUCUGUCACACGCAUUAACUGAGGCAUAAACCCUUACAUAACACACACACACACACAGAGACAUGAACAUAUGUCCCACCUUUCAUGCCACAGUGCUGUGUCCAAAUUCUAGAAAAUGAAAAAUACUGGUUUUCUGCCCAACUGUGUGACACACAAUUCAGCCCCUGCUCUUUGCUGAGUAUAUCCUAAAAUAAGCAGUAGGAUUCAAAACUGUUAAAAAGGACAGUCCACGAAUCCAUAAAUUAUACCGUGGGCCUGCUUGGCCCUGAGGCCCUCAGUUUGCAAUCAGCAGUGAUUACCAGGCAUCUGGUAGUACAUUCCUAAGGGGAGAGGAGGCAGGAAAAAACAUGGCUCCGCGGUGUGGUCUGCUUCACUUGUAAAGUGCCUCAUGCUUCCGGAAAGCUCCGGGUUCCGGAAAGCUCUCAUUGUAAAACUCAGUUUUCUGAACCAACACUGUCUUGCAUGCAUGCCCUUCUAUUAAAUCCAUUUCUUGCAAAAGGAUCUGUUUUAGUGCUUCAGAGUUGAUGAGGUUGAACCACUCAUGAAUGAGCAAUUAAAAUACAUUACAGAAAUAUUCUCUGAAAAUAUUGUAAGUCUGGUGAAACAUAUCAGGUCCUGAAUGAGCCCAAUGUCUGCCACCUCCCUCCCUGUUGCUUUUUGUUUAUCUGCAAAAAGAGGUCACUAAUGUCCAGUGAACUUUGCAAGAUGUAGGUUGUUCAGGCCAAAAGUUAAACACUAGCCUAAAUUGGUUUAUGUAGAAAAUCUCAGAGAGCUUUGUGUUAGAAGGUUUAAAAAAAAAAAAAUGCUUCAUGAAUAUGAAGAAGAGUAUAGAAAUGAGAAGACACAGAAGGCCAGGUGGGAUGGGCACUGAUUUUGAGGUGAGUGAACAGAAAGUCACAGUCCUUUGCGAAGAUGAAAGAAAAUGAGAGUGAUCACAGAAAUACCCCGUCGGCGGGAUGCCUUUUAUUUGUGGCAUGGGAUGGCGACACCAACUCAGCUUUGCAUUCCAAAGAGAAAACGGUGACCCAGGCCAACAGAAGUCUGAUUUCCAGAGUAUUCAAAACAAAGUGGAUAUAUCUUUCUUAUGUAUUUUUGUGAGUAAAUGAAAAUAGUCUUGUCAUUUCAAAGAUGUUAGCUUUGAAAUUAGGUGCUAUCGGUUUCUAAAAUGAUCACUUGGGAUUUUAAAUCGUGUCUCAGCAGUAUGCCAGCAUGCAGUAUGUUGCCUUUCCAUGCUUAUGACAAUAAAAUACUUA